AGGACUGUGAAGGAAACGUUCAGCUGCUUCACUGCUGGUUGCACUGUGCUGCGUGUGAAGAAGAGCUUUGAACAGCCUGUGCUGCCUCCCAGAGCUCCAGUGGCCCAAAGGUGAUGGUGUCAUCCUGAUUUGUUCCUCUCGUGACCCGGGAGUCCCUAAAUCCCAAACCACAUAGCUUUGGAAAAUCCUGGAAAUACCUGGAAUUCUAGGAGUAUCUCACCAAAACUUCUUAAGGUGCCCAGGCGCCGGAUCGAUAGCUUUACAUUCUCCUUUAUUAUUUUUUGUGUAUACAAAGAAAGAGACGAAAGUCUGAACAUUAGCAAUAGCCGCUGGCCAUCCACCAUUGCUUCGACGAACCUGCUGUGACCAAGAGGGCGUGACCUUUCUGCCUGCUGACAUCAAACAGACACUUGAAAAGGAAACGCAGUCAGAGAGGCUUCCGCGUGGUGGCAACUCAGACCAAAAACCCCAUCAGGCCUGGAUGCGAUGAACGCCUCAUGUAGGCAUCAGCAUGGACAGCUGUGAGUCUCCCGUGGUUUCUGGGACAGACGAUGGGCUCGGCUCCUCCCAGCAGCAGCAACCACCACAGCCCUGGAACGAUCACUCUAGCUCACAGGUCCCUUGCACCAACCAGGCCCCUUCCCUGGACCCUUUGUCUCUCUCUGCUCCCUACCCUUCUCAACCCCAAAACCCCAGUGCACCUCAUGACGGGGUGAGAGAACUACAGUCCCAGCAGCAGCAGCCAAAACAGACAUCGCCCCAGGCCCGCAGUGACAGCUCUGCCACAGGCCAGCUGCACCCCCGAGGAGAGGGUCUUGAGGAAGACGAGCAAGAGGGAGUGAGCUGUGGAGAAGAGGAAGAAUCUGAGGACUUGGAUGAAAUGGAGAUUGACAGCUGUUUCCCAAGUCUUCAACCCUUUCCUGGGGUGCCAAUGACCUCAGGGGGAGGGGGCAUGCCCACUCUUUUGCGACAUCCGCCCACACGACAGCAGGGAGCACCUGAGAGUGGGAGUGAGGAAGGAGAGGAGGAAGAGGAAGAGGAGAGCAGUGAUGUGGAGAACCUGGCUGGAGAGAUAGUCUACCAGCCUGAUGGCUCAGCCUACAUCGUAGAGAGCCUCAGUCAGUUGAUCCAAAGUGGUGGGGGCAUGGUACCCGGCCUGCUUCCCACAAACUCUCUAACCAGUGGGGGAAAACCGGGGGAACCUGCUGGGACUUCAUCCUCGGUCUACCCUCAGAUCAUCAACACGUUCCACAUAGCCUCGUCCUUCGGGAAGUGGUUUGGCAAUUCAGACCAAGGUUUCCCCAAUACCUCAACUAUGGCAGGCCUCAGCCCUGUCCUGCACAGUUUCCGUGUCUUCGAUGUGCGGCACAAAAGCAACAAGGAUUACCUGAACAGCGAUGGGUCUGCCAAGAAGUCCUGUGUAUCCAAAGAUGUUCCCAACAACGUGGAUUUCUCCAAAUUCGAUGGGCUAGCCCUAUAUGGCAAGGGUAAGCCCAUUCUCAUGUGUUUUCUCUGCAAGCUGUCCUUUGGCUACGCGCGUUCCUUUGCCACCCAUGCCGUCCAUGAUCACCGCAUGACACUGUGUGAGGACGAGCGGCGGCUGCUAGGGGACAAGCAUGCGUCUGCCAUCAUCCAGGGCAUUGGAAAGGACAAAGAGCCCCUCAUCAGUUUCCUGGAACCAAAAAAUAAGAGCGCUCCUCUGCCACCUACCCUGCUCCCCAUGAACUCUGGCCAGAGCUUCUAUGGCACAUUUAGUGGUGUCCAUCUGGAGCCUGGAAGCAGCAGCGGGGGCACCGACACCCUCCUGAACAAAGACUCUGACUCUGGCCUCCAGCAACAGCAGCAACAACAAACCCCGCUAAGCUCUGUCCUCUCUCUUGGAGGGCUGAGCAUUCCCAAAGCAUCCACUCUUACCUCAUCCCCAGGCUCUGCCAAAGACUCCAGUGCCCUGCCCAAACAGGGAGGGAGAACAGAGGAGCCUGCUGGGAAAGAGUUGGCAUGCAAGGGAGAUGAUGGGGACGCUGAGGGGCAUGAAAGGAAGACGCACCUCUCCAGCCAGAUGGGGGGCUCGGAAGAAGAAGAGGAACUGUUGUUAGGCGAGGAGGAAGACGAGGUGGAGGCUGAAAGCACUGCAGUGGCCUGUGGUGGUAACAGUAGCAGCGGCGGGGGUGAAGCGGGGGAACCAGCUGUCUCAAACCAAAGCAUUUCCAAAUCUCCUUUAUUAAUGCCUAGUAGCGCUCUCCAGCCUUCUGCCUGCACCUCUGCCGUCGGUUCCACACUCAACAGCAAAGGCCCUGCUUCCACUUCCUCCUCUGUCAAGGAAGAGGGUUCAGCUGCAGACGGUGGGGGGAGGACCUUAGAGCUCCCUCUGAGCUUUAACUGCCAGGGUCCCACUGUUCCCAUGGCAAUGGCGGCAGCUGCCGUCAGAAGGAGCGAGGACGACACUGCUGGCACUUCCUCCUCACCUCUGUCCUCCAAUGCUGCUGCUGAUGAAAGUGCCAAUCGAGAUAGUGCCACAGCUCCAGAACCAAAUGAUUGCCCAGCAGAGGGAGAGGAGGAAAAUGGAGCCCUUCUGCACCAUCACCACAUGCACCACCAUCAUCAUCACCUCCACCCUUCAUCUCAUGGCCACUCGCACCCCCUUCCAGGGGUCUCCUGUGACAUGACGGGGAUGGGCGAGUGUUCACAGAACCAUGGGCCCGGUGGCAACGGAGGAAGUGGGGUAGAAUGCCCUAAAUGUGACACUGUUCUGGGUUCCUCACGCUCCUUGGGUGGUCACAUGACCAUGAUGCAUUCACGCAACUCGUGCAAGACGCUGAAGUGUCCCAAAUGCAACUGGCAUUACAAGUACCAGCAGACGUUAGAGGCCCACAUGAAAGAGAAGCACCCAGACUCUGGAGGCUCCUGUGUGUACUGCAGCAGUGGUCAGAGCCACCCUCGUCUGGCUCGUGGAGAGAGCUACACCUGUGGAUACAAGCCCUUCCGGUGUGAGGUGUGCAACUACUCGACCACCACAAAGGGCAACCUAAGCAUCCACAUGCAGUCGGACAAGCACCUGAACAACAUGCAGACGCUGCAGAACGGAGGCUCUCUGGGCUCUGCGCAGGAGCAGGUGUUUGGACAUACCCCAGGAGGAGUGGUGGCUGUCCCCUCAGCGACCCAGGCCAGUAGCCAUCACCCACCCCACCACCAUCCCACACAGUCCUCCACCCAUAUGGCCGGACCGUGUGGGGCACCCUCUCCGACCAAGCCGAAGAGCAAACCUACCUGGCGGUGUGAGGUGUGUGACUACGAGACCAAUGUGGCACGGAACCUGCGUAUCCACAUGACCAGUGAGAAGCACAUGCACAACAUGAUGCUGCUCCAGCAGAAUGUGACUCAGAUGCAGCACGGCCGACUCGGAUUGGGAGCCAUGCCUUCACCCUCUGAGGCUGAGCUCUACCAGUAUUACCUGACCCAGAACAUGAGCCUUCCACCAGGCCUCAAGAUAGACCCAGCUGGAGCUGAGGCCCAGUUCCUGAUGGGGAGCUUUCAUCUGGAACCCAACAUGGCCGCUCUGGCCCCUGCACUCGUAGGUGGGGAGAUUCCUAUGGAUGUGCGGCUGGGCGGUGGGCAGUUGGUGUCUGAAGAACUGAUGACCCUGGGAGAGAGUCUGUCACAAACCAGCGAUCCCUCCCUCAAGCUCUUUCAGUGCGCCGUGUGCAACCGCUUCACAACUGACAACUUGGAUGUGCUUGGCAUGCAUAUGGGAGCUGAACGCAGCCUCCCGGAGGAGGAAUGGCGUGCGGUGGUGGGCGACUCUCACCAGUGCAAGUUGUGCCACUACACCACUCAGCUCAAGGCCAACUUCCAGCUGCACUGCAAGACAGACAAGCAUGUGCAGAAGUACCAGCUUGUGGCCCACAUUAAAGAAGGGGGCAAAGGCAACGAAUGGCGCCUGAAGUGUGUGGCCAUAGGCAAUCCAGUGCACCUGAAGUGCAACGCCUGUGACUACUACACCAACAGCCUGGAGAAGCUGCGAAUGCACACUGUCAAUUCCCGCCACGAGGCUAGCCUCAAACUCUACAAGCACCUGCAGCAGCACGAAAACGCGGUGGAGGGUGAUGCCUGCUACUACCAUUGUGUGCUGUGUAACUACUCGACCAAGGCCAAGCUCAACCUGAUCCAGCAUGUGCGCUCCAUGAAGCACCAGCGCAGUGAGAGCCUCAGGAAGCUUCAGCGCCUGCAGAAGGGCCUGCCGGAGGAGGAGGAGGACCUCAGCUCCAUCUUCACCAUUCGCAAAUGCCCCUCUUCAGAUACAGGAGAGCUGAGCGAGGAUGUGGAGGCUGCUAGUGAGACCACCACAGACCAGGAGGACCAAACCAAAGACAGAGAAAGUGGGGGGGAGAAGGAGCUCACCAAAGGGACAGCAUUGUCCGGCCACUUGGAACGGCACCAGUCAGAUUCCCCGAUCCCCUCCAAAAGACCCUCUUCGCGGUCAGAGACCUCCGAGAGCCCACUCUCCUCGAAGCGUCCCAGGACAGCUGAGAAGAGUGCUGCGGAGCAGAUGUACCAGUGUCCCUACUGCAAGUUCACCAACACAGACCUGAAUCGUCUCAGAAUGCACGUGAUGACGCAGCACUCUGUCCAGCCCAUGUUACGCUGCCCGCUAUGCCAGGACAUGCUCAACAACAAGAUCCACCUGCAGUUCCACCUCACACACCUCCACAGUGUGGCACCCGACUGUGUUGAUAAGCUGAUCGCCACAGUGACAGCAACUGAAGUACUGCCAGCAAGCAUGUUCAUACCUGUACCUAGUCCAGACAGAGAGUCCCAGGGCACCCCUCACGCCACAGCCAAUUCUAACUCUGAAGAUACAAAGAAGCAAGCUGAUGCAUCAGAUGCUGAUCCAGAAAAGGGGGUGUCACUCCCGACAGAAAUAGCUGAAGCUCGCAAGUCACCUCUGGAAGAUCAACAGUCAGAGAGGGAUGAUGCCACAGGAUUCCUGUGCUGGAAGAAAGGCUGUAAUCAAGUGUUCAAGUCCUCCAACUCCCUCCAGAUGCACUUCAAUGAAGUUCACAACAAAAGGCCUCAGCUGCCUGUUUCAGAUCGCCAUGUCUACAAGUACCGAUGUAACCAGUGCAGCCUGGCCUUCAAGACUGUGGAGAAACUACAGCUCCAUUCACAGUACCAUGUGAUCAGAGCAGCUACCAUGUGCUGCCUUUGCCAGCGAAGCUUCAGAACACUGCAGGCCCUGAAGAAACAUUUGGAAACCAGCCACCUGGAGCUGAGUGAAGCUGAUAUCCAGCAGCUUUAUGGAGGCUUACUGAUGAAUGGUGACAUUAUGGCAAUGGGUGAUCCAUCCCUUGGUGAAGAGCAUGGAAGUCUGGGAGAAGAUGACAAAGAGGGAGAUGAAAGUGAUCCAGAGGAAAAACAAAGUCCAACAGGCAGUGACUCUGGCUCACUGCAAGAAGAUUCUGGAUCGGAACCUAAACGUGCUCUGCCAUUCAGAAAGGGCCCCAAUUUUACCAUGGAGAAGUUCUUGGAUCCAUCUCGUCCCUUCAAGUGCACUGUAUGCAAAGAGUCUUUUACACAGAAGAACAUUCUUCUGGUUCACUAUAACUCAGUCUCCCACCUACACAAGGUGAAGAGGGCUCUUCAGGAGUCCACUACUGGUCAGCCUGAGCCUACCAGCAGCCCUGACAACAAGCCAUUCAAAUGCAGCACUUGUAACGUGGCAUACAGCCAGAGUUCCACUCUGGAGAUCCACAUGCGCUCUGUCCUUCACCAGACCAAAGCUAGGGCAGCCAAACUUGAAGCAGCGGGAGGGAUCACUAGCUCUGCAAGUGCUCCUGGAUUAAGUGGCGGAGUCAGCACUACAACAUCUAGUCCAAGCCCAGCGACUAACUCUACUACUAGCUCAACCAAUCACAGCUCUUCUGGGUCUCAGACAACUCAGAGUAUUCUUGGAGGAAACCACAUGAGCCAGAGUCAUUGCGUUGAAAGCCUGGGCAAUUCUUCAGUGAGCUGCCGUUCGUCACCAUCUGAGAACCACGAGGUGAAAAAGACUAAAUUUACAGACAUGCUGUCAGCUAGGGGGCAACAUCAACAACAGCUUCAGCAGCAGCAGCAGCAGUUGGCUCAGGCUCAAGCCCAAGCUCAAGCUCAGCUUCAGCAAGAGAUCCAGCAGCAGGCUGCUCUUUUACAAUCACAGCUAUUCAACCCAGCACUUCUGCAGCACUUCCCAAUGACAACUGAUGCACUUCUCCCCCUGCAACAGCAGCAGUUGCUAUUCCCCUUCUACAUCCCUGGAGCAGAAUUUCAGCUGAACCCAGAGAUCAACAUCAGUAACUCAGCACUUGGCCUCGCAGGAUCCUCCACCUCCUCACUGCUGGAGGAUCUAAAAAACUCAGCUCAGCAGGCCCAGCAGAGUUGCUUACAGCAGCAGUUGAUGCACCACCAUCUUCAGCAGCAACAUCAACAACAGCAACAGCAGCAGCAACAACAGCAGCAGCAACAACAGCAGCAGCAGCAAUCUCACUCACAGGGUCAGGGUCAGAUGGCAUUGCUGCAGCAGAGUGCAUCUCUCCUCCAGCAAGUGGAAAAAAAGCAGAAACCCCCCUCCUCUCAGAAUGAGAAAGACCGAGAAAUACAAAGAGAGAAAGACACAACUGAAAAAAAUGAGGAAUAUGUUAACAAAGAUUCCACAGACAGCAAGCCAAAAGAAAAGAAAGACAUUCAGCACAUUUCAAUUAACAUAAACCAUGAUACUGGACUGCCUCCACCAAGGAUCGCUUCAGAUGCUCGAGGAAAUGCAACUAAAGCCCUGCUGGAAAAUUUUGGGUUUGAGUUAGUAAUUCAGUACAAUGAAAAUAAACAGAAGGCUCAGAAAAAGGCAGCUGGACCUACAGGAUCAAGUGGUCCAGGUGGGAUAACAAGAGUGGUGGACCCCAUUGAGGGAUUAGAGAAACUGGAAUGUGAAGCCUGUGGCAAGCUGUUUUCAAACAUACUGAUUCUAAAGAGUCACCAGGAGCAUAUCCACCAGGCUUUCUUUCCAUUUCGAUCCCUUGAGAGGUUUGCCAAGGAAUACAGAGAGCAUUAUGAUAAACUCUAUCCACUGAGACCCUCUACACCAGAGGCUGCUCCUGCUCCUCCACCACCUCCUCCUCCACCUCCACCUCCUCCUCCGCCCCAAAGAGCUCCCACACCAAAUAUUCCUGUCUCCGCUGCCUCACUCACACCUCCAACUGUACCUGCCCCACAGCCGCCAGUUCCAAUGGCACAAAUCCCCAUGCCAAUGGAUUUGCCCCUCUUCUCGCCGCUCAUGAUGCAGCCUAUGUCUCUCCAGUCUUUGCCCACUCAGUUGCCUCCCCAGUUGCCAUCUGUGGAGCCAAGCCUGGCCUCAGACCUGGCCCAGCUCUAUCAACAACAGCUUACACCAGCCAUGCUACAGCAGCAGCAGAACAAGAGGCCACGGACACGCAUCACAGAUGACCAGCUUAGGGUCCUGCGGCAGUACUUUGAUAUCAACAAUUCACCAAAUGAGGAACAGAUUAAAGAGAUGGCAGACAAGUCAGGGCUGCCACAAAAAGUCAUAAAGCACUGGUUCAGAAACACGCUGUUUAAAGAGCGGCAGCGCAACAAAGACUCACCGUACAAUUUCAAUAAUCCACCAACAACAACUCUAGAGGACACAAAAAUUGACUCUAAACCUCCCUCCCCUGAACCUCAGAAACAAGAAUUUUAUGGAAGUAAAAGAUCAUCCAGGACUAGGUUUACUGACUACCAGCUAAGAGUACUACAAGACUUCUUUGAUGCCAAUGCUUAUCCUAAAGAUGAUGAAUUUGAACAGCUCUCCAACCUUCUGAGCCUUCCUACUCGUGUUAUUGUUGUGUGGUUCCAAAACGCUCGCCAGAAGGCCAGGAAGAAUUAUGAAAAUCAGGGUGAAGGUGGAAAAGAUGGUGAAAGACGAGAAUUGUCAAAUGACCGCUAUAUCCGCACCUCAAACCUGAACUACCAGUGCAAGAAAUGCAGUCUGGUUUUCCAGCGCAUAUUUGAUCUAAUAAAACACCAAAAGAAGCUGUGUUACAAAGAUGAAGACGAGGACGGACAGUAUGACAGCCAAAAUGAGGAUUCACUGGAUCUUUCUCAUGAAUGUUACACUCCCUCUGGGUCUUCCUGUCACACCCCAAUGCCCUCCUCUUCGAGUCUCUGCCCACUUCCACCCUCCACUUCAGCAUUCUCACACCUCCCAUCUGCUGAGAAAGAGGAGGCAUCACCAGCAUCCACCUCAACCCUCUAUGAGGAGAAGCCCAAGCAGUUACCAGAAAUUUCGGCUGAUCCACGAGAAAACCAAACCUCUAUUAAGCAGGAAAUUGUGCAUCCACCCCAGUCUGAGGCACAACACCACAGGCCUCAGAGAGAAGAGAAAAUUCAGACCAUUUCAAAGUCUAUCAAACAUUCAUCUCCUUCCUUCUCUCAGCAACAACAACAGUGUGGCCCCUCAGCCUCUCAGACAAGCCAAGCCUCAUCGCAAAGCUCCCACAUGGGCCUAAACCCACACCUGACCUCUGCCACACAACAACUGGCCCAACAGAUGAUCCCGUACCAGUGUGAGCAGUGCAAGAUUGGUUUCCCCUCCUUUGAGCACUGGCAGGAACACCAGCAAUUACACUUCCUUUCUGUGCAAAAUCAAUUCAUCCACCCUCAAUUCCUCGACCGUCCAAUUGACAUGCCUUUCAUGCUAUUUGAUCCCAGCAAUCCUCUCCUGGCAAGUCAGCUUCUUUCUGGGGCAAUGCCACAGAUCCCCAGCAGCUCUGCCACCUCUCCAUCCACCCCCACCUCCACCAUGAACUCCCUGAAAAGGAAGUUGGAGGAGAAAGCUGGCACUAGCCCGGGAGAGAACGACAGCACAAACAGUGGAGAGGAGCCACAGAGAGACAAGCGGCUCAGAACCACCAUCACACCUGAGCAGCUAGAGAUCCUCUAUCAGAAGUAUUUAUUAGAUUCAAAUCCUACACGUAAAAUGCUUGACCACAUUGCUCAUGAGGUUGGAUUAAAAAAGAGAGUAGUGCAAGUCUGGUUCCAGAACACCAGAGCUAGAGAGAGAAAAGGCCAGUUCAGGGCAGUAGGGCCAGCUCAAGCUCAUCGAAGGUGCCCCUUCUGUCGGGCUCUUUUUAAAGCAAAAACUGCCCUCGAGGCACACAUUCGCUCUCGCCACUGGCAUGAAGCCAAACGUGCUGGAUAUAAUUUAACUCUCACUGGUAUGUUACCCGAACAGGAGGGAAUACAAAUAAAAAUGGAUUCUCUAGAGACAUCAAGUUACUCGCAACUGGUCCAGACAAACAGUGAUGGACAAAGCUCCUCCAUGUCACCAGUGAACAAAGGCAUGGAUUUGUCUCCAAGGGCUUUACUGAGCCCUUCAUCCAUUAAAGUUGAGGGAAUGGAAGAUUUCGAGAGCGCAACCAUGUCCUCUGUAAACCUCAACUUUGAUCAGAGCAAACUGGAUAAUGACGACUGCUCUUCUGUAAAUACAGCCAUCACAGACACAACCACAGGUGAUGAGGCCAAUGCUGACAAUGACAGUGCUGAUGCAAAGCACAGCCAGAAUAGUGGUGAUUACCUGCCUAAGUCUGGAGGCUCAGCCCCCAUCCUUGAAAAUGACGACCAGAUGUCCUCAGGGCUUGUAAGCCCUGCAACAAGCUAUUACGCUAAGGACUAUGAAAAUGAAAAUAUGAUUGACCACAGUGAGACAUCCAGCCUGGCUGACCCCUGCUCACCAAGUCCUGGAGCCUCAGGUAGCAGGAGCAUCGACAGUGGAGAUCGACCUGGUCAAAAGCGCUUUCGAACCCAGAUGACUAACCUCCAGCUCAAAGUGUUGAAAUCCUGUUUUAACGACUACAGGACUCCCACUAUGCUGGAAUGUGAAGUACUUGGCAAUGAAAUUGGACUUCCAAAGAGAGUGGUUCAGGUGUGGUUUCAAAAUGCUCGUGCCAAGGAGAAAAAGGCAAAGCUCAACAUGGCCAAGCACUUCGGAAUAAAUCAGACAUCCUACGAGGGGCCGAAGACUGAAUGCACUUUGUGUGGUGUCAAGUACAGUGCUCGCCUCUCUGUUCGUGAUCACAUUUUCUCCCAGCAACACAUCUCUAAGGUGAAGGAUACCAUUGGCAGCCAGAUCGAUAAGGAAAAAGAAUACUUUGACCCAGCCACUGUCCGCCAACUUAUGGCCCAGCAAGAGAUGGAUCGCAUUAAGAAGGCCAAUGAAGUUUUAGGACUGGCACAGCAGCAGGCCAUGCAGCAACAGGGGAUGUUCGAUAACCCUGCAAUGCAGGCUCUGAAUCUCCAGUCAGCCUAUCCAAAUCUGCAAGGCAUCCCACCUGUCCUUUUGCCAGGGGUUGGCAGCCCCUCUCUUUCCAGCUUUAACUCAUCUAAUUCAGCUUUAACUCCCCCAAAACCUUCAAACCUCCUGAACAUGCCUGGUGCCAGUGUUCCCUCACCUAGCCUCCCUACAUCCGGAUUGCCCAACAAGCCUCCCUCCUCAUCGUCUCUUGCCGCAUCCAGCCCAGCCCAGACCAACACAUCUGCUUCCCACUCAAGCCCCACCUCCUCCACGUCCAACUCCACUUCUUCAACUGCCCAGUCCAGCUCCCGGCCCGAACCCCCCAAAGAACGUGAUGCUGAGAGGGUAAGAGAGAAGGAGAAGCCCAAGGAAAAGACAGAGAAGCCCCCGACCCCAUCAUCAACUGGAAGCACCCCUGCCCCUUCCACUUCUGCUGCCAGCGCCAAGAAGGAGAAACCAGACACAGCUGUACCUGCCACUUCCAUGCCCACACCUGGCAUGGAGUAUGUGGUAGACCCUGCCCAGCUUCAGGCUCUUCAGGCUGCAUUGGCAUCUGAUCCCACAGCUCUCCUUACAAACCAGUUCCUGCCCUACUUCAUGCCUGGCUUUUCCCCAUAUUACACCCCACAGAUCCCUGGAGCUCUCCAAGGGGGCUACCUGCAACCAAUGUAUGGUAUGGAAAGUCUCUUCCCUUACAACCCAGCAUUGUCACAAGCACUGAUGGGCCUGUCUCCAGGGUCCCUGCUGCAGCAUUACCAGCAAUAUCAGCAGAGCUUGCAGGAGGCACUACAGCAGCAGCAGCGGCAGCUUCAGCAGAUCCAGCAACCCAAGGCGAGCCAAACUCCAGUUCCCUCUCAAUCCUUGGGGGAUCGUAAGGAAUCUGCCAAAGAUCCAGUGAAAACAGAGGAGCAAAAGGGCAACCCGCAUAGUGAACCCUCCACUUCCUCCUCCUCUUCCUCCUCCUCCUCUCAUAACAAAGUACCCUCUGAGCAGAAUGAGAUGGAUGGCAAAGCUGUGGACCCCCUUGUAGACCAGUACAUCGUCCCCAAGGUGCAGUAUAAACUGGCAUGCCGCAAAUGUCAAGCAGUUUUCACCAAGGAAGAAGCGGCUAUUACCCACCUUAAAUCUAACUGUUUUUUCGGUCAGUCUGUGGCAAACCUGCAAGAGAUGUUGCUGCGUGUCCCCGGUGGCGUAGGUGCAGGGGCUGGAAGUCUCUAUGACUGCCUGGCUUGUGACACUACGUUGGAUGGGGAGAAAGCACUCAGUCAACACCUGGAAUCGGCAUUGCACAAACACAGAACAAUCAAGCGAUCAGCCAGAAAUGCCAAAGAGCACGCUACUAGUUUAUUACCUCACUCUUCAGCCUGCUUCCCCAAUCCUAACACCGCAUCUACCUCGCAGUCUGCCACUCAUCCCAUCAGCAGCCCCCCUCCCCCGCCAACAACAUCAGCCACCAUGCCAUCUUCUGCUGUCUCCUCUUCCUUGUGCUCCUCCUCUACUACCCCACUCAACACCACAGCUGCCGGCAAACCCUGGCCCCAGGCCCCUUUCUCCAGAGCUUUAGCUGGGAAACCCAAUGCCAGUCCCUCCUCUUCUUCCUCCUCUUUUCCUCCAGUGUCCUCACCUUCAACGGUUACCUCAAGUUCAUUGAGCACCUCAGGAGUUCAGACCUCGAUACCAACAGACGUCUUUACCGACGAGUCUGACUCUGACAGCAGUCAGAAGUCAGCAGACAGGCUGGGCAGGACGGCGGAGGAGCCGCAGCAGCCUGGCUUUGUCAAAGACAGUAGUAGUUGUAGUAGUAAUCUUGCUAGUGUAGGAACAGACUCCAUCAGAUUGUAAAAGAGCUUUCAGUGAUGGACAAUAUUUAAAAAACACUAAAAAAAAGACAAAAAAAAUCACAAAUGGAAAAAACAUAAAAAGCAGCAAUGUUAAAAAUACAUUAAAAGUAUACAAACCAAUUUCAGAAAAAGAUGUGUAAAGACUAACUGCAAUUCCAAAGCUUGUAACCAAAAAUUUAAAUGUUAGUGGAUUGUUUUCCCAUAUCAACAUGCUGGUUUUCGUUUUGUUUUUUGUUUUGUUUUUUUUUUUGUUUUGUUUUGUUUUGUUUUGUUUUACUCAACAGAAAUACAUGCAUACUAAUAUAUGAGAAUAGAAAAGAUCGCUGCAGUUAUGUUUUGGGUAAUGGUAGAGGAAUGCUGUACUGUAUGGCAAUGGACUGCCUCAAAGUUGACAAAUGGCCCAAGAACCCUUUUGAAGAAACACGAGUCAACAAGCUGUCCCUUUGUUUUGUAAUAAUUUCUACUUAAUAGCACAGUCACAAAAAGCCAGUAUGUACUGUAUGGGAGAAUAGUCUAUCAGUUUUCUUGCUAUUUAAGCAUUCAGAUACCAAUGGCUUGCAAAACUAAAAGAAUAAUGUAAUGUCUAUUUUAUUCUCAGGUCAACAGCUCACAGAUGUUUUUCUGUUACAGAAAUCCAUGUUUUACACCUUUUGUUUCCAACAGGAGAUGAGCUUUUUUUCUUCUUUCAGAACUUGAUUUAAUAUUAGAAAGUUUUAAGUUGAGUGAAAUUUUAAUAAGGCAUUGUUUCUGGGCAUUCAAAAAAGGGUAAAUGAUUUACUGAUUUUAACAUUAGAAGUCCUUUUAAAAUGGGGGGAGGGGGGGGUAGCAAUCCCAUUAUACCCAGGCAAGGAGAGCAUUGCAGACAUAAUGACGGGCGAUAAAAAGAGUUUUGAUUAAAAAAAAGAAAAAAAAACAACCUUCUGUAUUUAUGAUAGAUAUGAACAUUUUUGGUGUUAAGUAGAUUGUUGCAUUGGAAAUGAAUUUAAACAGUAUGGUAGGUUGAAAAAAACUUUGUGUACAUUUAGCUUUUGUAUUGUCCAACUUUAAGACGCUUCAUUUGAUGUUGUCUUGGUCAUUCCGAUAGACUAGGUUUAUGGACAGGUAAUUUAUCUAAACUUUAUUUCUGUCUUAUUCUCAACUUCUUGGGAAACAUUCACCCAAAUGCCCCUCCUGACAAGGCAGGAUCCUCUUUUAGAAUUAUUUAAAUUUUAUGGUGUGGUUGGUGUUGCGCUAACCAAGACGAAAAAGAUCCUGGGUGAAAUAUUGAAAGUUUUAUUUUAUUUAAUUUUUGUGUUACCUUUGUGCACUUAUCACUGUCUGACUUCUAUUUCUCACUCUAAUUGUUCCUCUCUUCGCACUUAUUUUUCUCUGCUCUCCUGUGUUUGUAGAUAUGUACACUACAAAGCAGGUCUUUUGUUCUUCAUGUAGUGUGGCUACAGUCUUUAUUUUCAUUUUGACAUUUUUGUUGUCAUAAAUGAAAAUGAAAAAAGAAUACUAAUAAUAAUUCUCACGCUUUAAGACAAAAAGAAAAUCCAAAGACUAAACACUUUCACCAUUGGUGCAUAAAGAUGAGAAAAGAGGCUUCUUUAUACUUGAGAAUUUGUUGCUGUUUUUAGAGGAAAGAAAACAAAGUUUUAAAAGAUAAAGGAGUACGCAUCAGAGUUGCCGUUUUUGCUUCUUUGCAAGCAAACAGGUGGCUUUUUUACGUAAAUACCAAAAACCAAAAAGGGCCCUUGUCCUUGCAUUGUGGAGUAGCACCGUUACAGAGCCAUUGCAGUUUGUAAGAUAGAGGUUAUUAAUCUUUGUUUGACUUUUUUGUCACAUUCAAAUGUCCAUUUUUUAAAGAAAAUGUAUAAGGUCUGGUCUUCAAGGACAUACGUUUUGCUGCUAAUGUAGAAUUUUGAAAGAAAAAAAAAGAGUACCUAGAUGCAUGCUCAUUUUGCUUUUGGCUAAGCUUUAACUAAAACAAACAAUAAACCAAUUUCUUGCCUCUGCAACACCUUUUUUUUUCUUGUUGCAAAAACGGAACUUUGAAGACUGUGAAUAUAUGUUCCAAAGGACAUUUUAGCCGAUUUUCUUUUUGAACAGACCAAUGUUUAAAGCCAAUGAUCUAUAACGUUUGUAAAGAACAGUGCAUUCCAAAUAUCACAAUGGAUUUUUCUUAAGCAAGGACUGAUCCUAUUUCAUUUAAUUGCUUUUAAUUGUCACAAUCUAUUUUUUUUUCCUCAUUUUUAAAGUGACUGUAAACUGUUGUGUAAAUUUUUUUUGCAUCAUUGGUUGCUGAACAAAGUGACCUCCAUAUGUCAUUUUGUGCUGGCAUGGAACAUUGCUGAAAAUCCCUCCAUCCAGUCAAGGUUGUUGCUCACUUGUUAAGCAAGUAAUAGUGGUUACCAAAAAAUGUAUAUAAUACAUCUGGUACUGAUGCGUCUCAUAGGUUUAGUAACAUUUAUGCCAGUCAACAUACAACUAGUCUCAGAGGGAAAUGAUGGCUGUUAUGCUGAGGUGUUGUUGCCCCCUUCCUGGGAAAUCCACCAGUGACUUGUCCCAUGUGUCUGCAGGGUGCCACUUCCACACAUAGCUUGCAGGUUUUGUAGGGACAUCUUCAUUCCAAAGCAUUAUUUCUGGAAAAAGUAGGAGGUUUCUUGAAGAUGUCCCUUGGUUUCAAAUAGUUAGGAUGCUUUCAUGUCCAAAGAAGUCACCCACUUCAUUUUAUUGCAAUGGAAAUGGAUGUGCAUACGUAUCCCCGCCCUCUCACUGAUGAUCUGAUGAACUAAACAUUUUUAUUUUUUAAAACCAAAACCCAAACAUAUUUAAAUUUGUGAAGAACUACUUUUGGCCACUAUUGUAUAGCCAAUAUAUUAGCCCUGAUGAAUACAAGGCACAAUCUCAGAAGUGUUUAAAGUGCUACGUCUUGCAGAGCAAUAUGAUUUGGUGUUAGUACUACAGCAUGCUGUUGAAAGUCAGUAGAUUUGGUCUGCAAGCUUGCUAAUUCUCUAAAGUCCAGUUCCCUGAAAUACUGUUCAUAUGUACUUUCUUAUUUUGGAGAAAUCUUAAGUUGUACAGUUUUUCUCAAAUAUGUUUGCUUUAUUUUAAUUUUCAGAUAAUGUCAGACAUGUAUUGUUAUUUUCUUAUAAGUAUUUGUAUUUUAUUUUAGUUUCUGUAUAUUACUUUUUAUCAUAAAUUAACACUAGCUUUAAUUUGAAUUGCUGAAACUUAGAAACAAAAACAAAAAAUAUGACCUGGCCACUUUAUGGUGUGAUAAUGUUCUUUAUAUUCAUUGUCUCAAUGAUACUGUUUGCUCUCUUAUUUCCAAAGUGUAAUCUUUUGGGCUCUUUUGUGGACGACAGAUUUGAGGUCUCCACAUUAGAUUCAGCCAGCAUGGACUGUGUGUGAGUUUGUAUGUUUGUGUGUGUGUGUUUCAUAAGAGCCAGCAUCAAUUCAAUUUUUCUUGUUUGCCUUUUAUUUAGUUUUAUAUGUUACACACCAAAACAAACUGAACCACAAAGCUGGAUAACGAAUAUCUGAAAUUUAGAAAAUCAAAAUUUAAAUCUAAUGAUCUGAGAUGAGAAUAAUGAUGAUACCGAAGCACUGAGCAGUUUUUACUUUGAUUGAAUAUAUGAAUGUGGCCAAAGCUUUAUGCAGUUGAAACAAAAAGAAAAAGAAGUUACAAGUUGUGCCCCAGAUAAGUGUAUAUUUUAUUGUGGCACAAAACGCUAUUGUGGACAAUUGGAUCCACUGACUUACAUUGGGAUACUUGAUUUUAAUGGACAUUUACAAAGAGAGAGAGAUAAAGACAAGGUUUUGCUGUAGAGGUCAUCUUUUGCCCACUGUGAAAACGAACGUGUACCUGUAUACAGAUAUAGAUAUAUUUAAAACAAGACAUCAACUUUUUUGUUUUUGAGAUGAAGAAGGAAUGGAAAGAAAAACAAAGGACUCUGAGAAGCUUUGGAGAUCUCAUUAGGAGGACAUGAGAGGCUGUGGGCACACCAAAACUGGGCAUGGGAGCCGAAGGCAGGCUCAAAACAGCUUUAAAACCACCUCCUUAUUUGAUUACUGACAACUCUGUAAUGGGAAUGGACUCUGGAACCAAUGGACAUGUGUGACACAGAGAGGAAAGUCCUUAGAUGAAACUGAACUUAAGUGGCUCCAGCUGCCUCUUUCUCCUUUCUGUCUGUCUCUUUCUUUCUCCAGCUCUGCCUCUGCUUCUGCUCUUUGAUGGACAUUUUCCAAAUUUCAGGACAGGAUGGACAGAGAUGCUUGCUUCAUUUCUCCCAGUUCAUGUUGCUACCCGUUUCAUUUCCUUGUGCUUGUCUCUGGUUGACAAGUAAAGCUCUCCAGUCAAAUGGCGGCUCACCCCUCUCUCUGUUGAUUACAUUAUCUAAAAAGAGAAAUUAAUAACAGAGAGAGGGGACGGGUUCUCAAAGCUGUCAUUCUUAAAGAGGCAGUUACACUAAAAAAAAGCGUAUUAACCAAAAUUAACAACCAAACUAACAACCAAACAACCAUUUGCUCCAACUUCAAAGAUGAACUGUUACUUGGAGCUCUCUGUUCCUUUUGUGACUUCUGGUGCCACAAUGUUUUUUUAUGCUUUUAGUUUUUCUUUUUGUUUCCUUGAAUUACUCCUCCUUCGAGCCUCAUAAGCAUGGCUCUGUGGCUCCAGGCAGCCCAUCCGAGGGUAGAAAAAAACAGCCUUGCAAUGUACAAAAAAGAGCAAGUUAAACCAAAAAUGUUGUUCUUGAUGUCUUUUCUAUACUGUAGUCUUGUUAGCUUUUUUGUUACUGUAAUUAUAUGAUGAAGAUUUCCAAACUGUACCAAAUUACAUGGAAACUAACAUACAUACAACCACAUGGAACUUCAGACUUUUAAAGAAACUUUUGUCACAAAACCUUGUUGUCCUAGUUAAGUUGAUUGUAGAUGGUAAUUGAAUAUACUCCUUUGAAAAUAUUUCAUCAAGUAUGUUUCUUGCUCAUUGUGAUACAUUAAAAAAGUAUGAGCAUAAAU